AAAAAAUGAGGUAAUUUUAACUAGGUGUUAAACGUGUGAUCAUGACUUCACAAUCUCUUGAAGACAAUGACAUUUCGUAUGAUUCGUCGCAUAUAAGUAGUGACAUGGCCGAAAAGCGUCAACGUUCAGAUAAGAUUUCUAACCUUAUGGGUCAUUAUCUUUUGAAAGGAUGGAGAAUGUUAAACGAAUCUUGUCCUAAAUGUGAGACUAUUCUUUUCCAACAACCAAAUGGUCAGUAUUACUGUGUAGCGUGCUUAGAAGUUGAUCAGGAGAAAUCCAGUACUACAAAAGAAUCAUUAAUAAGUAAUCAACACUUAUUGAAUAAAUCACAGAACUUCUUGACUGAAUCAUCACCAUUUCAUAAUGAUGUUGGCAUUGCCCAUUUUCCAAUCAAUACAGUUUCUGGUUUACCCAAAAGAUCCACGAAACCGCUCUCUAAUAAUGAACAAUCUGUAACAAGUGCGUACAACGAGGUUAAUAUGCUAACAGAACUACGUGAAAAAAUCCAUUGGUGUAUGUCCCAAUUAAUAGAGACUACUACACCUAUGGAUAUUCAGCAGUGGGUGGAUACGCUAAAGUCUUUAUUAGAACUAUGGGAUAAAUUAUCAAAAUCUAACUUUGUCAAACUUUAACAUCAAGAUAAAAGUUAAAGUUGUGUUCUAAUAACAUUUGGCAAACUAAAAGUAUUUUUCUAAAUAUAGUUUUACCAAGAUUUAACAAGAUAUAGUUUGCUUCUCUGUUUUAUUAUAAUUUUUCACUUUACAAACUUCGUGCAAUUGCCGCUAAAUAUGGUCACAUUGAACAUAUGCGCAUUUUUAUAUUACUCAGUUAUAAUCAAUAAUGCCUAUACAACCUUAUAGAUUUGGCUUAGAGAUGAAUAUCACUAAUCUUGAUUAGUAUAGACUUUGCUCUUUGUUUUACAAAUGUGUUGUUCGAGGUUGUAAAAUAAAAAAAUUCAUAUAAACAA